AUGAUUCAAGUUAAUAAUUACCUUGUGCAUGCUAUCUUUGACUCGGGUGCUAGCCACUCCUUUGUUUCAUAUGAAUGCGCGAAGCGCAUAGGCCUUGCUGUUAACACAUUAUUAUAUGAUCUAUGUGUGGCUACUCCUACGGGCAGUAAAGUUUAUACGUCUGAUGUUUGCCUAAAUUGUAUUGUCUGGUAUGGCCACUGUUGCACUACACUUGACCUAAUAUGUAUGCCUUUUCAUGAGAUUGAUGUGAUACUUGGUCUGAAUUGGCUGUCUACCCAUAAUAUACUCCUUGACUGUAAGAAUAGGACUUUGAUUUUUCCUCCUCAUGAGCUAACCCCUCGUACCGAGGUGAAACUGAACUUGAUUACGGGAGCCAAAGCCAAGGAUUGCCUAAGACAUGGCUGUCAGGGGUACGUGGUAUUCUUCUCUGUACAUGCAGAAGUGGAAGAAGGCAUAACAAAGAUACCCGUGGUAUGCGAUUUUCCAGAAGUCUUUCCGACAGAAAUUAGCGGGUUACCUCCGGAGCACGAGAGGUAG